UUUACAAAGAGAGACACAAAAAUAAAUUAUCUUCGAGAUAAAAGAAAAGAAAGUCUAUAGUAUGGCGUGGCUCGUAGUUUGAUAAAUUAUAUCGAAGAAAGAGUAAUAAAAGAUUCUUAUUUUCGAUUUUCUUUACAUUUAGAUGUCGAUGGUUUGAUAACAAAUAUUUUCUGGGCUGAUGCUAAAAUGAUAAGGGAUUUUUAGAUUUAUGGAGAAGUUGUAUCGUUUGACACAACAUAUAGAACAAAUAAUGACUAUCGUCCAUUGGCGUUGUUUGUUAGAUUAAAUAAUCAUAGGGAGAUGGUUGUAUUUGGUGCUGCCCUUUUAUAUGAAGAAACAACUGAAGCAUUUGAAUGGCUUUUUAUGUAUUUUUUAGAGCUAUGUCGGCAGGUAAGCCACAAACAUUCAUCACAGAUUAAGAUCCUGCAAUUAGUUUAGCAGUCUCAUUAGUGAUGCGACAAACAUAUCACCGUCUAUGUAUAUGGCACUUGGGACAGAACGCAUGUAAACAUCUUAACCAUAUCUUUAGAGCUCAUAAAUUAUUUUCAAGUGAGUUUAGCAAAUUAUUUUUUUGAUUACGAGUAUGAAGCAGAUUUUCUUAAUGCAUGGGAAGAAAUUCUUGAAAAAUACGAUCUUAAGGAUAAUAAUUGGUUGAAAAACACCUUUGCUAUAAGGGAAAAAUGGCAUGGCAUAUGGUAGAAAUAUAUUUUCAGCUGGUAUGCAAAGUACACAACUGAGUGAAAGUUUCAACGGUUCACUAAGGGGGAGCUACUUGAAAUUUGAUUUAGAUAUUGUACAAUUCUUUAAGCAUUUUCAAAGAACUAUUGAUGAUAAGCGUGCUAAUGAAAGCAAGUCAAAUUUUGACAUGACCCAACAAAUGUCUGUCUUAAAGGUUAAGAUUCCUUUAUUGAUUCAUGUAAGAUAUAUAUAUAUAUACCGCAACCAUAUUUAAUUUGUUCGAGAAGCAAUGGGAAAAGUCAUUACUUGUUUCAAUAAAUGGCUUUCAUGAUGAAGUAGAUUUUCAUAAAUACAAUGUUAGCACACAUGAAAGUGGCAGGGAACAUGCAGUAGUUGUGAAGCAGUCAACAAAGGUACUUUCUUGUAGUUGCAAAUUAUUUGAAUUUUCAGGUGUGUUGUGUGGUCAUGCUCUAAAGAUUUUGAACACUUUAAAUGUCAAGGAUAAGAUUUUCGACCAUUAUAUAUUAAAAAGGUGGACACAAAAUGCUACUAACUUGAUUGAAAUGGAGAUUAAAGAUUUUACAAAGGGAAGUGAUCCAAAAGCUGAAGUUAGUACAAGGUACAUGCAUUUAUGCAAAACCUUUGUCCAAAUUGCGAGUGAAGCUUCUAAGUUCAAAGAAGGAUAUGAAUUGAUUGUGAAGUAUGCCAAUGAGAUAAUUGUGAAGUCGAAGGAAAUAAAAAAUAAACACGAAUCUCAUGAAAACCCAUCAGUUCCAAAUGAAGUUAUUCAUGAUGAGACAAUAUUUGUUGAUAGUCUAAAUGUCACAAAGGUGACAAUAUUAAAGAAGAAGCAACCAACUAGUCUUUCCAAUAGUCGUCCAAAGAGUUUUCUGGAAAAGGCCAAAAAGAAGAGCAAGAUUCAAUCACCUCCAUCACAAACAAUGCAACAUGAUUAUUGGGAGAUGGAAAUUUUUCACAUGGCAUUCUUCAGAACUCUCUCAAGUAUCAUCUCACGGAAGUCUAUCUCAACUCCUAAGAGAUAUUUCAUUUCAUGACUUAAACAAUUACUCUCAAGGUGGAUCGUCAAUAUCAUGAAUCGCGACACUUUAGUUGUUCUCUACUACUUUUAGCCUCGAUUUCUUUACAGAUAAAGAUAGCGACAACUCUUAUUUGUGGUGAAAGUUAGAUUAAUAUUUAUAAAUUUUUCAGUAUUGUUGUUCCUUGUUAGCCAUAUGGACCAUAGGUUGAAGGGUAAAGUUUUCUGCCAACUAAUGUUGUAGUUGGUUUGUAAAUUUCGAGUAUUCCUUAAUGUGGUCAGCCAAUUGGGAUUGUCAUGGUUGGGAUUUACACAAGGGAUUUGGUGACUGUUAGCGUAAUUGUUAUUGAAUUUUUUG